GGUUACACUGGGUGUAGUUUAGUGAGACACAGAACAGGCGAACAAACAGGACGACUUGACCCUCCGAGCAGUGAACACACACACCAUCGCGUUUCAGACAUGUUUCGUUGUGGCAUCGCGUAUCCCCGGUGCAGGUGGAUUCUGCCUCUUCUCCUGCUUUUCGCCAUCAUUUUUGAUAUAAUCGCCAUCGCGGCUCAGUCCGGAUGGGUGGAGGACGAAGACGCCAAGUCGCAUUACGCCAGUAUGUGGGAUCAGUGCCGAGGACGCAAUGACGUCUGGAGCUGCAAGUCUCUUAUGGAGUUCUCAUGGGCUCAGGCUGUCGCUGCACUGAUGAUCAUCGGCCUCAUCAUCCUCAUCGUAGCCUUUAUCAUCUCCUGUGUGGCGCUCUGCUGUACCCUUAAUAUUCCGCUCAUGCCACCAAUUGCAUUGCUCCUCAUGCUUGUUGCAAUACUCCAGAUCAUUGCUCUGAUAAUUUACCCAGUGAAAUUCAACGAACAAAUCUUUGAAGGAAAAUAUAACUACACUUGGGCGUAUGGUUUUGGCUGGGGAGCCACCAUCAUUGUAAUUGGCUGCACAGUCCUGUUCUGCUGCCUGCCCCGCUAUGAAGACUAUCUCACUGGCACAGCAAAGACCAAGUACAUCUACACAUCAGCCUAGAAGCCCUUUCUGUCCUACUAUGCAUCGCACAAUUGCUCUCAGAACUGUCUGACUUUAAUAGCAAUUUUAAAGCUCCAAACAGGAAUUGGCACAGCCUGCUCAAGAUAGGAUCAAAGUUUACUUAAAGAGAAUAUGGGAUACAUGAACAGUAUUUUCUGCCUUAACAUGGAUUAUUUAUAGUAACAAUUAUUUUAAUUGCAUGCUCUGCCAAUACUGGUCGUAGCUGCUUUUAUGUCCUUCAAGGCCACAUUUCAGUUUUUGUCACUAUCUUCUGAUAUGAUUUACUUUUUCUGUUCCAUGUAGACACAAAACCAGUGGGUUCUCAUCAAAGCACCGGUGUAAAAAUCUUACCUAUAAAUGCUGACUGGUUUUAUCGAUAAAGACCACUUUAUUACAACUAACUUUGAUGUGUCUUUAGCUUCUGUUUGGAAUAAAUAUGUUUUCAGAGGCCCAAUUCUAAUAAUUGAAUAAUAAUUCAUGUAGACAUGCACAGACAUUUUAGUAGACAGCAUUGCUAAAAAAAUAGUAGUUAUAAAUUGUAGAGUAAUAUUAGUAUUGCAAGAAUUCAAUUGUUUUUGAAACCUUAAUCUCAUACUGACAAUAUAGAGAAUACUUUUUAAAGAUAAUAUUUUUAUAGUCUAUAAUGCUACUCGUCUCAGAUGCUUGUAUAGGUUGUGUGUGGUGUGAAUGGACUGAUGAAUGUUUCUGUUGCUUGAGCAAAUACCUUUUUACAUUUACAACUUUGUGUGUGUGUGUGUGUGUGUGUAGAUAUAAAGAUCAGAGAGAUAGAUAGAUGUUAGGGAAAAGUCUUCUGUAGUUCAACACUGCAAAAUAUUCUAAAGGGUUUCCAGGUUUUUAGAUUGUUUUCCUUUUUUUUCAACUAAAUGUUAACACUAACAUGCUGUUUUCGUAUUUACGGUAUUUUAAUACAUUUUGUCUAGUGCUUAUUGCAAACCAAUGCAUAAUAAAGCUCCCUUAAUAAAGCACGUCUGUUUUAAUACCAA